AUGCGGCGGGCGCGGGCGCUGCGCCGCCGCGGAGCGCUGCUCGCCUGCCUCUCCUUGGGGACGCUGCUGGCCCUCGCCGAUGCCAAGGGUGCCUUCUACCCCCCCGCCGCCCCCCUGCCCUACGGCGGCAGGUACAGCCUCUACACGGCCGGCUCCAGCCCGCAACUCGGCCCCGGCAAGCCCGUGGGCAAGCACAAGAGCUACUGUGCCUAUGUGGUGCAGCGCAACGUGACGUGCACGCUGCAGGACGGGGCCGAGAGCUACGUCAAGGCCGAGUACCACAAGUGCAGCUGGGGACCCAAGUGCCCGGGGAAAGUGCUGUACCGCACCUUCUUCAGGCCCAAAUACAAGAUUGGAUACAAGACAGUGACCGAGCUGUCCUGGAGGUGCUGCCCGGGCUUCAUGGGAGAAGGGUGCCACGACAGCCCGACGGACCAGCCUGGCCUUCUGCCCCAGCAUCCCAGCCCUAAAAUGCCUCCCGGGCAAAAGAUGUUCCCAAUGCCCAGACUUCCUCCCUAUCCCAAAAGCCACCCUGACCUGUUUCCAGGACCAAAGAAGAACCAAUAUGGCAGGAAGCUGCCCGGCCUCUUCGGGGACCGCCUGGAUCGGCUGGAGGAGGAGGUGAGGCGCCUUUCCCAGUCCUACAACAGCCUGCACACCAUGGUGAGUGGGCUGGGAGACCGCCUGCGGUUGGCCAUCCAGGAGGACACCACCAAGAUGAUAGGCUCCCUGAUGAACAGCCCAGGCACACCAGACUCAUCCGUGGGCUUCGGCAUCAUCCCCGACGGCCUGGUGGAUGUGGCGGACAAAGCCGACAUCGCCACGUACCCUCCCGUGGGGGAGGUCCUGACCAAAGUGAUGGAGGUGAGCGACGUGCUGAAAACCAAGGCAGAUCUGCUGCACGAGGUUCGGGGCAUGGUCCUGGACCACGACGGGCAGAUCAAGCACCUGCUGGAGUCUGCCCGGCCCUCGCCCCUCACCUCCAUCGACCUGCUGGAGGAGUACGUGGACACGAGGCUGAGCAACCUGCGUGGAGAGCUGCUUGAUGGCUUCGAGAAGAAGCUGGGCAAGAUCCAGACCACAUGUGAUUUCCGCAUCCAAGAGGUGCGGCAGCAGUGCGAGGAGGAGAAAGCUGCCAACCUGCGGCUGCAGCAGACGCUGGAUGGGAAGGAGCUGGAGAUUAAGAAAGAGAUCUCCCAGCUGGAGACCCAGAUCCAAGGGCUGACAGUGGUGGAAAGCUGCUGCAGCAACCUGGACUACCUCACUGAGCGCAUGAACAUCCUUGAGAAAGGCCUUCACAGCAUCUCUGAGUCGCAGAAGAACCUGCACUCACGCCUGGAUGGAGAAAUCUCCACUGUCACCCUAGGGAACCUCUUUGAAGGGCGCUUUGAGGACCUGGAAGCCAGACUCAAUGCUACAGAGAGGGAAACAGGGAGCUGCUGCUCUGGUAUAGAGGACAGCAUGAGAGGCACGGUGGUGGCAGAGGUGGAUGGCAUGAGGACUGCCUUUGAAGACAAAAUGCAGACCCUGGAGGACAGGUUCAUGACCAUAGUGGGGGAGCUGAACAAUGUCAGUUCUCCCAUGGGAAUGGACGGAGCAGUGGUGCCCGUGCUGGAAGGGGAGCUUGCCAGCAUGAGGAAACGGACGGAUGAGACACUGGAGGUGUUGCAGAAUCGCCUCAUCACGCUGGAGAGCACUUGCUCCCUGGGCUGUACCUCGGCCUCGAAAGAUGUGGAGACCUUCCGGACAGAGAUUGAGGAUUGCCAGAACAAGAACCAGGACCUGCUCCUCCGGAUGGACAGCAACUACGACCUCUUGCGCAAGCUGAACGCCACCAUCCUGGAGAUCCAGCGGCGAAUCGAGGAGGAAGCAUCGGGGGCUUUGCAAGGGGAGAUCACCUUGCUAAAGAUCAACCUGAACACUGUGAGCAAGUCUCUGACAGGGCUCAAGGACUCUGUCUCCCAGUACUCAGACACCGUGACGCAUGUCAACUCCUCACUGGAUGAGCACGAGCGGAAGAUUGAGGAUGAGGUCCACUCCAUCCAGGAGAAAGUCAAUGACCAAGGCUCCCAGCUUUUCUUCAGCAACCGCCGUGUCCUGAACCUCAAGGGAGAACUGGAGCGACUCAAAGCCAGGAUUGUCAGCGACCUGAGCUCCUGCAAGAAUGUGGCCCAUGGCCUGCAGCAGGAGGUCUCUCACUUCGACGAGCGGGUGGCGCGGGUGGAGAGCGCCUGCGGCAGGCUGGGGACCAUCACCGGCAGCCUGGACGACAUCAGGGAGGAACUGGAGAAACACACGGGCAGUCUGUGGGACUACAUGGACCACAUGAAUGGGACACUGGCUGCCCACUCUCAGGAAAUAACAGGACUGAAGGACAACCUCCUUGACUGCCAAGCCAAAGUCUCUGAGCUGGCAGAACAGGUCGGGCACUUGGAAGAGAAGGCGGAGAGGAGGCAGCAUUAGCCACACUGCCAUGCCAUGUCUUCCUUCUCCUGCUGUGAAGGACAGGAUUAACUUAUAUCACACAGACUUGCUCCAAUGUGACAACAGUUCUUGGGAUAAUUUUUUUAUGAAAAGCUGCUACAUUUUUUUUUUCCCUUAAUCUUGUUGGCCCCAGUUCUCCUUAACUCUGCCAUGCUGGUAUUCCCUUCCUGAUGCUCGGUAGCUGCCCUUACUCUGGUGCAGCAGUGUCACCGCCUCCUGGCCGGGGGUAUUGCUUUGGCUCUGGGGCUGAUGACCCCAGAAGGACAAUUCAGGAAUAAGCUGGAGGUGGGAACAUUUUUUUCAAUUUUAUUUUUGUGGAUUUAUCAUUUCUUGAAGAAUAAAACCCUGUAGUUAUCAGUU